UCACCGACGACAACAACGAAAUUUUGAAAGUCGAUUACGAAGUAAAGUUCCCUGAUUGUUUACUGUCUCUCAAGCAUUGACAAAUUAGGAAUUAUGGCAUUCCGUGUACUCAGCUGGAAUAUCAAUGGCUUGCGUUCAUUUAAGACUGAUAUGAAGGAGUUUCUUACGAAUCUGGGUGCCGACGUCAUAUGUUUCCAGGAAACCAAAGUAACAAGAGACAUGUUAGAGGAACCACUUGCCAUAGUUGAAGGAUAUUCAUCUUACUUUAGCUUCUCAAGAAAAAGGAGUGGGUAUUCUGGUGUUGCUACAUUUUGCUUAAAGGAAGCUACUCCAGUUUAUGCUCAGGAAGGUCUUUCAGGUUUAUAUGGAGGAAAUUUACUGGAUAAAGGGGGGACUCCUGAAUCACUUGCUGGGCAUUGGACUGAGGAAGAAUUAAGAAAUUUGGACAGUGAAGGACGAGCCAUUAUCACGCAGCAUUCCAUAAAGGGUAACAGCAGUAUGUUCUCAGCUGUAGCGGUAAUAAAUGUUUAUUGUCCAAGAGUGGAUCCCGAAAAGCCAGAACGAAGAGCGUAUAAGUUACGCUUUUAUGAAUUGUUAAGACAGCGAGCAGCAGCUAUUUAUUCAACGGGUUGCCAUGUUAUUAUAGUUGGCGAUAUAAAUACAUCUCACAAGAGGAUUGAUCACUGUGAUCCAGAUGAUAUUGAGGACUUUGAGCUCCGUCUUGAUAGGCGUUAUUUGGACAAGUUCCUCAUUCCCAUACAUAAAGAAGAAAAUACCAAGAGCACUGACGAUGAAAGAAAUUCAGCAAAUGAGACAAGCAAUACCUUGUUCAAAAAGGCACAGCAGCCACAAGGCCCUAAGAUUUCUGACUCUGAAUUUGUUACAGAGCAAAAUGGCAUUCCACUAGAUGAUAGUGCAUAUGGGGAGGAUGUCCAUGCUGAUGAAUAUCUCCUUGAGUCUGCCAGUGAUUUUCAUGUAGUUGAUACUUUUCGUUACUUUUAUCCUAAUAAACGGGAUGCAUUCACUUGUUGGAAUACCUUUACUAAUGCCAGGUCCUCUAAUUAUGGAACAAGGAUUGACUACAUAUUUUGUGAUGAAAGUUUAUUGCCUUUUGUUGAAGAAAGUGCUAUAUUGCAAGAUGUAAUGGGUAGUGAUCACUGUCCAGUAGUACUAAGAGUCAAAGGAGAAGUAAUUAAUUCAUCUAAACUUCCAGAUCUGUGCACAAAGUUCUUUCCAGAAUUUAAAGGUAACCAACAGAAGUUGUCAUCUUAUUUUGAGUCUGUAGCUACAAUUCCUGCUAUAAAAGCUGAUGACCGAGUCAGCCAGCUCUCUUGUGGGAACAAGAGAAAGAUUAGCGAGUCCAAAAGUAAACCCACAUCAAACAAAAAGCAAAGUAAGCUGAAUUCCUAUUUCACUGUAAAGCCUAAGGAUGCAGAAGAAAGCAAAGUGGUAUCCAAGGAUGAGGCUAAAUUAAAGGAAAAUAAGUCAUGCUUUCAAAAUGCAAUCAAUAGAAGUGUCUCAUCUUACAGCAGGAUUGAACAUUGUUUGAAACCCAGUGACAAGGAGUCUCUUGAGAGAGUAAACAAAAUUUGUGAUGACUCCAUAUCAAUCCAAAAUGAACAAGAAAAAGGCAACAACUCACUAGAAAAAAGAUCACCUCAAAAAUCAGGGUGGGGAUUUAUGAUGAAGGGACCCAAAAACCCACCACUGUGCCCUGGUCACCAGGAGCCAACUGUUGUACGAACAGUCAAAAAGAAGGGACCAAAUAUGAACAAACAGUUUUAUGCAUGUGCCAGAGGAGCAGGGCGAGAGGGAGAUCCUAAUGCUCAGUGUAAUUUCUUCCAGUGGGUGGGAAAAAAAUAGUACAUAGUCACCAAAUUAUCUUGGGAAAUCUCAAAGUUGGAUGCCUGUAUUAAUUUGGAUACAAUUUUUACUAAUUAAUAAAAUGCAGUUUAUCACUUUAGCAUGGCAGCUGUGAAAUCAUUGUCAAGAAAAUUCAAGGAGACAAGUUCAGGUAAACUUGGCCAUUACAAAUAUUUUCUUACUGUGUAAGAAGUGUAGUAUGGAAUGAAAUGCCUUGCUUCAAAACCAGUCAGUUUGGUGGAUGUGUGAAUUCAAAUACCUAUUAUGUAUAUAAACUGUGUAUGUCUCAAACAAUCAUUUAUGCAUUAUGUAUUGUUAUUUUUAUCAUAAGAAUACAUUGUCAGAUAGUGUACUAGAUCACUGAGUUGAAAUAUAAAACUUAAAGAACAAGCCUAAUUUGAGAAAGUGGUGUAUGUUCUGUUAAUGCAAUGAUUGUAUGUAAUUAACUAGUAUUUUGAUAGGGUAUUGACUGAGAGCAUGCAUUAAAGCAGUGUAGUAUUUAGUUUAUAAUAUUGGUGGUUCAAGACAAUUAGAAUACAUACCCGGAAGUGAUGAACACAGGUAUCAUAAAGAAGAAAGUAAAAAUUAUAUUGUAUCUUCUUCUUCCUAGCUUAAAACCCAUUUUUAUAUGGGGUUGCCAUUACGAUGAGUCGUCUCCAUCGAUUUCUGUCUUGUGCCUCGUUCUCAUUUAUACCUU